UUGAAAGGAGCAGAAAGCAUUUUGUUUUUAAAUGUGUUGGCACGAUCUAGCUCUUACCAAACCUAGGUUGGAAUCAAAAAUUUAUGAAAAAGUAUUCUUUGAAUUUCUUCGUAAAAGCCAAUGUAAAUGUAUAAAUGUACCAUUUAUAAUAAAUGUUAUCAAAUAUUUAAAUUUAAACAUGUGACCGGACCACUUUGCAAUCUUUCUUUGUGACUACAACACACUAUCAGAUAAAAGUAUGCCUGAUGCGUAACACUGUGCUAUGACUUAUUGUAAACAACAGAAAGAAAACAGAUUCAGAUACAAAAGCUGUGCAGAAUACAUCACAGUAUGAACCUGUGAAGAUAGUGAGAUCGGAUAUGGUUGAGUACCUCCCAAGUAAUGUGUGUGUGCAUGUGUGCAUGAAUGAGAAAAAGAAAGUCUAUGUGAGAGAAAGAAAAAAAAGAGAGGAAUAGAGUUUCAAACAAAAAAAAUUGUGUCAAAAUACCCUUGACUUUCCUUCUGAAGGUGUAUAAUAUAUUUAUAAAUAUUUUUACUUGGAUAUGAUAUAGAGUGGUCCAGAAAUGAAUGAAUUACACUUCAAAAUACUUUUAAUUUAUACAUCAGACAGAAUGAACAUUGUUGCUGUGCAGAACUAUAAUUUUAUUGGUACAGAUUUUUUUUAAGUGUUUGGUUUUAAUAUCAAGCCAUAAAAUCUUCCCUGUCAAACACUCAUCCAGCUUUCAUCUGGUUUUCACAGGCCAGAAGAAAAUUCUGAUAAGUGUGAUCUCUGUCUGCAAACAGCAGAACACUAUUAAUUAUGGUUGGCAAGACCAUCCAGGCAGAACCAGCCAAGCAGUUGGGGUUUAGAGCCAGCCAACCAUGAUGCUGAACUACAGUACAGUGACCAAUAAGAAUCUGUCUUAUAUGCUAAAACAUACAUGCAUUUAGAUACACUCUUCUGUACAUCCAGCUAUCAUCUAGAAAAUGUUUUAUAUUUAGUACAACAUCUUAAUAUAAUCUAAAUAUGGUCAUAAGCCUAUGUAUCAUCAAAUCAAAGCUCUAAUAUUAUUUAAUAUUCAUAAAUAAGGUUGAAUAAGGUAGGGGAUCUCUUGCAAUGAUAGCAUUAUCAUAAUCAUGACCAUAACGUUCGUCUUCAAAUCGUAAAAAUAUGACGAAGUUUGUUAUUCCGAACUAACGUUUACUGUGCGUUAACCUUAAAAAAAUUUUUUAAAUGGAAAUACAGCUAAAAAUAUUUACAAAGUAUGAAAACCUUACGCUAAAUAAUGCUAUAUAAUUAGUCAUGAUUCUUGUAGCUAAUUGUGAGCCUAUUAUUUGUAACUUUUGAGUUUAAACUACUUUUGAUUAAACUAUUAUUAAACAAAUUUUCAAAGAAAAAGUGGACGCCUGUAGUUUUUCAUUUAAAAUAAUUACACUAUUAAUAAAACAAAUGCUAAAGAUUAAUACAAUUUAUUUUAUCGAGCAAGGAGGUUUAUAUCAAAGUUGUAAAAAUAGUUACACAUUUAAGAGUUUCUGCGUGCCUUAAUGUUAAAAAUUAAACUUUCAACGCAAUUGUUCAAGUACUUGAACACGACAUUAGACAGAAUAUCAAAUAAACUUGAAACAACAAAAUAUUUGAAACAUCUCAUUUUUAGAAUAAUUUGAAAAAAAAACAUCUAACAUAAAUUUACGGGUUACACUGAACAAUGAUGAGUAUAACAUCAAUCUAACCAUAAUCUAAAACUUUCACUAUACGCCUUUGACUUUGCAAAAAGAAAGAAAAAAAAACACAUCUAAUAAUGUAUAAAAUAUUUCAAAUAACAAAAUAUUAAAAUAUUCGAUGUGUAAUGUUUUAAAGCAAAUGUGCCAUAAUUAUAUAAAUACCUAAAUCAAAUAGGCAAAUAAUUUAAAAUGUAAGCACAUAAAUUAAAUGCAAUAGUCUAUAAGAGCAUAUAAGAUCGUAUGCAAUUUAAUAAUUUAAACGUUAAAUUAAGUCUCAUAAUAAAAAAAAUAGAUGAACGAAAACAUGCAAAACUAGACAACUUUAAAUACUCCGAGUAAAGCCGUCUAACAAAGACACACAUGUUUUCGAAAAUUAGUAAAUAGAGACUAAAACGAUAUGUAAAAGGUAACUCACAAAUUAUUAAAUGACAUGACUAUUUACAUGAAAGAAAGAUGACACUUCUCUAAAAUGCUAUUUCUGUUUGGAUAAUAAAAAUAGACAGACAGACUGCGUCUGGAUACCGGAAAACCCACAUCGAAAAUGAACCAACAUCUUCUUUCUCUUCCUCCAAAGUGUAGGUGUGUUUCCACCAGACGAGGCUUUCCUUAGAUUUAGAUGUGUAUAAACUGAGGAUUAAUUUGUCGUCGAUAAACUGAAGACAGUGACGAGUCGAGCCGUGAUUGGUCGAGCUCGCCUCGAACCCUCCCUUUAUAAUUUGACUGUAGUGAGUUCGGAGGUCUUAAACACACCUCGCCGGCAACCGCCACAGCUUGGACACACACAAGAGCACCCUGCACUUUCAAAUCCCUAUUUCAAGAGAAAAUUGCAUGUGAAUUAAAGCGGUUUGAUGAACUACUGAACGCCGUGCCGGUUUGCAUCCGCGCUCCGUGCUUAUGGACUUUUAAUUGCAGCGCGCAACACGAGACCCGGGGUUCAACUUUCUUUUGGUUGCAAUUGAAAACAGAAGCUGAUGAUUUAACUGCCAGACUUUGCGCAUGUGCUCCGCGCACAAAUAAAAGGUUUGGCUAUUUUUUCUUACAACCCCUUUUUUUCCUUAAAUAGUUAACUUUCUUCUCUAAAAUUGGCUCCUGUACAAACAGCCGCGUUGGAUCCCUCGGGUUACUGCGAGACUCCGGUGUACAACCCGGAUCUCUGUCCAAAUAUGAUCGCUGCCCAGGCCAAACUGGUGUACCACCUAAAUAAAUACUACAACGAGAAAUGCCAGUCUCGGAAGGCGGCCAUCUCCAAAACCAUCAGGGAGGUGUGCAAGGUGGUUUCGGACGUCCUGAAAGAGGUGGAGGUCCAGGAACCCCGCUUCAUCAGCUCCUUAAACGAAAUGGAUAACCGUUUCGAGGGGCUCGAGGUCAUCUCCCCUACCGAAUUUGAAGUGGUCCUCUAUCUGAACCAGAUGGGAGUCUUCAACUUCGUGGACGACGGUUCUCUGCCAGGCUGCGCCGUGCUCAAGCUGAGCGACGGCCGGAAGAGAAGCAUGUCUCUUUGGGUCGAGUUCAUCACGGCUUCGGGAUACCUGUCCGCGCGUAAAAUCCGCUCCAGGUUCCAGACGUUGGUGGCGCAGGCGGUGGAUAAGUGCAGCUAUAGGGACGUCGUUAAAAUGGUGGCAGAUACAAGCGAGGUUAAAUUGCGCAUCAGAGAUAGAUAUGUGGUUCAGAUCACACCGGCUUUCAAAUGCACCGGCAUAUGGCCGCGCAGCGCUGCGCAUUGGCCACUGCCGCACAUCCCGUGGCCUGGUCCAAACAGGGUGGCAGAAGUGAAAGCCGAGGGAUUCAAUCUGUUAUCCAAGGAGUGUUACUCGUUAAACGGGAAGCAGAGCUCGGCGGAAAGCGACGCCUGGGUGUUGCAGUUCGCCGAAGCGGAGAACCGACUGCUGCUGGGUGGAUGCAGAAAGAAAUGUCUUUCCCUCCUCAAGACGUUGCGCGACCGUCACCUUGAACUGCCGGGACAACCUCUCAAUAAUUACCACAUGAAAACUUUGGUAUCUUACGAGUGUGAAAAACAUCCACGAGAGUCGGACUGGGACGAAAACUGCCUCGGGGAUCGGCUGAACGGGAUUUUAUUGCAGCUAAUAUCUUGCCUGCAGUGCAGGCGAUGUCCCCAUUACUUUCUACCAAAUCUAGACCUUUUCCAAGGGAAGCCUCAUUCGGGUCUGGAAAACGCGGCUAAACAGACUUGGCGACUCGCGAGAGAAAUACUAACCAACCCUAAAAGCCUGGAGAAACUCUGAGGUAAAACAUCAUAACGACAUGUUUGUGAGGUGAAAUCAGAGACCGGACUGUUCAGAGAUCUGAGGCCUAAUCAGAAACUGCUCCACAAAAUGGUUACUGUUAUUGAAACCAGUACAGGUUUUUGUUGCAAAAUGUGCGGUCGUUACUAUGUGGAUUAUUACAAAAAAAAUUACAUUUUCGUUUGAAAUAGUUUCCUUAUUUUGUCAACUCAACGAGGGAGCAAACUGUAUCAACAAUCAAAAUAUAUGGUUACCUGUCAGUAUUAUUUUAUUUUCCUUUUUACGGGCCCUGCCCAACAACUUAUUUUACCUUUCAAAACAAAGCUACGAGAAGAGCCUUGACAGAAUAUAACUUGUACAUUUUAUACUGUAAAUAGCCACAUUUGUAGAUUGUGAAUCCGGUGGUCUGCAGUUGUGAAUGUUGUUCUGUGAUACGUAAAUAGAAGUAUAAUUCACCUGUUUUAA